CCAGCGAACAGCGAACAGCGAACAGCGUCGCGCAAACCCACCUCUACAUUCAUUCGAGACUUCUCCCGCCGACACUACCUUUAUUGAGAGAUCAAUAUGCCGGACCGAGACGAAGAGUCCUUCGAACCUUUCAUCGAGGAUCCAACCUCGGAGGACCGAUGGCGUCAACCCGGUUCGAAAUCUUGGACCGAUAGCCUUCCAUUUCAGAUCAGCAGCCGAUGGAACAAUUCCUUAUCAUCAGAGUCCCGCUCUCGAUCACGCUCCAGCUCUUCAGCUCCACGUCUCUCCCAGCGACGGCGAACCGUGUAUAUCGCCCUCGCCAUCUCACUUUCGUUCAUUGUGCUGUUCCUUUUCCAUACAUCGCGAAAAUCGCUAUCGUCGGCACCACCACCGCCCCCAGAGGAGGCCCCAUACCGUGCAGAUCCUUUCCUCUGCUCAACAUGGGAAUCCGCAAAACCAAUCCCAGCCGGAUCCUGGUCGGAUCUUUACCGCCAAUAUCGAUUUUGGACCAAAUAUGAUCGGAAAGAUGCUUUCAAAUUGAUUCCGGAACAGCUGCCUGCACCACAUGCUGAAGGGACCAAGACUCGCAGUUCAUCGCAAAGCUUGGUACGAGAAGAGGCGAAGAUCGGAGAGGAGAAGUCAGAGAGACGCGCUCGCGCCUCGAAAUGGAAGAAGCCGGAGGGCAUAAAGAUUAUUGGACUGGUAUUUUAUGGUCGGCCACAUCUGAUUGAUAUCUUGGAUUGCUACCUCUAUGAGAAUUUGGUUCAUCAGGGAGGUUAUUUGGACGAGGUUCAUUUCGUGGAACACACGGGAAACCAGGCCGACCUCGAAUGGCUUCACAAACUCGUGGAUUCCACUCCGGGUUACAAAGCUCUCGAAGUUGCGCCCAAAUGUCGACACGAGCCUCACUCGGAAGAUUGCAGUUAUGAAAGAAUGUGGGAGCAUUUUGGAACCGAAGACGACACCUUGUACAUCAAGAUGGACGACGACAUGGUCUACUUCCACGAAGACACGAUACCUCGCCUAGUACAUAGCCGUAUCAACCACGCGCAGCCAUAUGCGAUCAGCGCAAACCUCAUCAACGGUCCCAUUACUGCCUGGCAACACUAUCACCUCGGCGCCAUCCGCCCAUAUCUCCCCGAGCCUGCCCCGGUCCCACGCACGCAUGGGUUCAAGCCAACGUGGCGAGCAUCCGAGCUGCCAGUCCACCCACAUGAUUCACAGUAUCAGAAUCUGGCCUUGGGACCGAUUUAUACCAACGACCUCUACAACAGCGCUAUCCCGGACGAUGAGUCCCUUCAAAAGCUAUUCGGAGAGGCCCCCUUCCCAGGCCACCGCUGGCUGCCUCUGACUCAGAACACUACCAGCCUGCUCUACACCCCUAUGAGCCGUUUCGGCGAUGACCCAUGGCGCCUCGGUGUCCAUCUCUGGGCCACCGCUGCGCAGCAACACUACUCCUUCUUCCAAAACCUCGAAGAAGACGUUCUACACCGCUACUAUAUGGCCUCGGUUCCGCCGCACGGAGAAGGUCUCUGGAACACGCAAUACAUCCGCACCAACCUCAACUUCGUCGCGGUGUGGGGCAAGGACGUCCGGGAAGGCGCGCGUGUCCACCGUGAAUUCCGCGGCGGCAAAUCGGUCAUCGUCAGCGACAUGAACUACGACGAGAAGAACAUGACCGCCGAUAUUCCCCGAACCCUUGGUAGGCCUUUCGUUGUCGAUGUGCAGGCCAUCGUGUCACAUCUGCAUUUUGGUCCCUCAACGCCAAUGUUGCAGAUGACCGAUCUCCUCGACCGGUACCGCGCGUAUGCCAACGAGAAGGUCUGUCCCAAGGAUCGCCAGAAGAAAGUUCCGGGCCAACAUACUGGGCUGGCAUGGCCUGAGGGUCAAGAUGGGUGGUGGCAAUGUCCUUGGAUUGGGAAUGAGCAUAGGAAAACCGAGGAGCAUGACGAGGGGGAGGAGGAAGAGGAUAUGCCGUAGAAACGAGCUCCCUGGUCCGACCGAUCAAGCGCGUGGUUUUUUGAGCAAUCGAGGCCAAGUUUCGCAAGCGAAGACGCUUUGGCUUUCACCACCCCGAUCUUUUUCAAUAUUUCAACUUCACUUUCUAGAGAUGAGCUUAACACUAGACAUUUAUGCUACAAUUUAUGUAAGAUUUCAGAACACUUUGAUGUUCGCA